GGUACUACUCGUGCGAAGAGCAAACGAUCACCAGGGGUGCGUGUGCUACGUCGGUAAUGGCAUUCUUUGUAUUUUAGUAUUGCCUGUUAACAUCGGGAGACCCCGGUCUAUUAUCAUUGACACAUCUGUUGCGUCAUCCAAUUCGUUCGCUGCAUUAAUCGUGUACUUUCUUGUGGUCUAUAUUGUACGUAGUUAGAAGGUCGUUAGCUAACUUAGCUAAGCGUUAGCAGAAGGGUGUCGUAUACAUCGUAUGUGCAGAAGUUGACACGCAAAAGAUGGGAAACAGCCGUUUCAUGUGCUUGCUGCUGGAAAGUGCUGCCAUCUCCUGGUCACUCCCCAUUGUAAUUGUAUGGGCAGAACCGCGAGUGACCGUGGACGUUGCCAAGCCAUCUAUUGGAGAACUUCAACACUUUUGGGAUAGCACUGGGCUGUGCCCAUCAGCCCCCAACUUUCUGCUGGCCAAGGAUGAGCGCUUUAAUUUGGCCCUGAUUGGUUCCUUACCCCAUCAGUCCAUAUCUCAAGUCCGGAUACAUUGGCUGCUGGACCUCAUCACAGUAAGUUCUGUAGAUGAGUCUGGGACUCCAUACUACAACUUUACAUUUCUGGAUCAGUGGAUCGACUGGUUGCAGCUCUAUAGAUUGAACCCUGGCUUUGAGCUGAUGGGGAACCCAUCCCAUCUUUUUAGUGACUUCAGUAACAGUACUCAAGCCAAGAUGUGGAGACACCUGGUGAGGGAGGUGGCUAGCAGAUACAUUGGCCGCUACGGACUGGCAGCAGUAGCGCAAUGGCGAUUUGAAACAUGGAAUGAGCCAGAUCUGAAGAGCUACAAUAUUUUGAACUUCACUCUGCAGAGCUACCUGCAGUACUUUGAAGCAUGCUCUGCGGGCUUGCAAGAUGCUGCACAAGGAAUACUACGGCUUGGUGGCCCUGCCGGUCUGUUUAAGACCUGGGAGAAGCACCCCUUGUGCUGGGGAUUGUUACAGCACUGCACCAACCAGACAGCCUGUUCUCUGAACUUCAUCUCAUUCCACAAGAAAGGGGGAGGCUCAGGUUCUGCCAUCUUGGAGCAGGGUCUUGAACUAGCUCAUAAUAUUAGCAUCAUGUACCCAUCUCUAAGAAGAAUUCCACUAGCAAAUGAUGAGGCAGAUCCUCUGACUGGCUGGUCCAAGAGCGAAAGCUGGAGGGCUGAUGUAAGGUAUGGUGCUAUGGUUGCAGCAGUGAUUGUUGCCCAUCAGCAAAUCAUGGUGCGGCAGCAUGGCCUGCCCCUGCAAUUACUCAGUAAUGACAAUGCAUUCCUCAAUUAUCACCCAUACUACUUCACACAGCGCACUUUGCUGGCAAGAUUUCAGAUGAACAACACAAAUCCACCACAUGUGCAGUUCUUCAAGAAGCCGGUAUAUACAGCCAUGGCCUUGCUGUCACUUCUUGGCAACCAGGAACUACAGGCUGCUGUAAGGAUGCCUGAUGACAGGUUGUCAGUGCUGGCAGCAGGUUCAAACAGGCAGGAUGCCUGGACUAGGUCAGUCUUGCUUGUGUUCAGCAAUAACACAGCUUCACAGCCAGAUGAGAGGAUGAAUGUUAUGCUUCGGGUUCUCAGUGUGCAAGGUGCUUCCCCUCGCUACACUCUAUAUUUGCUAGAUGACACCCUCACAAAUCCUGCACAGGUGUGGCUGAAUGCCGGGGCUCCUGUGUUUCCAGAACAACAGCUAAGAGCUCAGUUAAGAGCUGUGGAGGGCCCCCAUCGUGUGAGGGGUCCAACUUCUGUGCCUACAUUAGAGAAACUACGCCUUUUAGUGCCCCUUAAAUUACCAAGUGUUGCACUUCUGCAUAUCUGCUCCAAGCCGACAGAGGCCCCAGGACAGGUUACACGUCUGAUGGCUUGCAAUGUGACUUACAACGAGGUUCUUCUCUUUUGGAGUGACAUCAUCGUAGGGGCAAGAUGCAUCAAAACUUAUGAAAUAGAGUUUUCUUCUGUAGCCUCUGGCAAAUUCCGUCGCAUCAAUCCACAAGACACUAUCUUCCUGUCAUUCCAGUUCUCUGUGCCAACUGGGAGAAGAAAAAAGGAAAAAGUUAGAGGGUUCUAUAGAGUUCGUGCUGUAGACUACUGGGAGAGGCCUGGUCCCUUUUCAUUAUUGGUACAGUACCCUGGGAACUCAUCUUGUAGUUAGAAGUUAGAAUAUGUGAUGAUGAUUUUUAAGAGAUAAUCUGAAUUGAAAUUCCUUCCUGUUGAAAUAUGAAACCGUUUAGUUCUGUUGUUCAUUCAUCUUGCAUCUGUAAAAUGAAAAAAGAAAUUACACCCUUAGCACAGUUGCCUUUCAAUGGGAUUAUAACAAUUGAUUUUCGUGUUCCAAUAUUGUUGAAUUAUAUUCGAGAUAUACAUAUCAAACAAUUAUAAAAAAUAACAGGCUAUGUUUAACUUAAUAAAUUAUUCAAAUAAUUGGACCAAAAGGCACAAACAUGGACGCACAUGUGCCUCCCCAGCACACACACAAAAGCCUGUAAAUUUACGAAAUUCGUGAAACUCUCGAAACCAGUACAGCCCAAGUACUUUCUCAUAGAUACUAAUUAGGCCCAUGUGACAAAAUAAAACCCGAUCAUUACUACAUUGUGCGAUCUUCGACUGCAUCAAUGUUGGGCUUGAAUUCUGAUUCUGAUUUGUAUAAAAAUGCCGCCAUUUUAUGUUGGUAGAGUCGUUACCAGUGGCUGAUUAUCUUUUUAAGUUAAUAUUUGCUCUCCGAGGACUAAUUUUGAAGUGUAACAGAGCUUCUCUAAAAGCAGUAGAAGGGAGAAAAGAGAAUGGCAACACAGAGGAAAUGGACAGGAGAAAAAGAAGAGAAUACAACAUAACUUAUUAUAGAUGGUAAAAAGUCACGAGUGGGGAAAGAAACAUAUUGUUGGAUUUCAGAUUGUAGAAACUAACAAAACCUUUCAUGAUAUGCUACAGAAAUCAAGAAAUGUGAAUUGUAUUUGAUUGCUGCCAAUUGCCAACAUAGUGUGUGUAUACUGGUUGUUUGUGUGGGCCAGGAUAGCUCCAUCAGUAAAUUUAUUGUCUAUGGGUAAGUUGUUCGGGGUUCUAUCCCCAGCACAAGCAGGAUUUUUUUCUGCGCCAUAUGUAGACCGUCUCUGGGCGCAUCCAGCCCGUAGCAAGUGGACAUCACGGUAGCGCGACUAGGUUAUGAAGCCGCUCACUUCCACCGACUCCAAAGGUGACCAAUGCUUGUAAUGCACGGUACGUGUGGGGUAAUGACAAUUUAAUGUGUGUCCGAGAUCAGAAUAUGUCUCAAUGAGAGCUUGCAGAGUUUUCCGUCUCUCUCGUUUCGUACUUGGGAAUGGUAAUUCGAGUUAUGUAAGAUGGCUACACCCCGCAUUUAUUGAACCACCCACAAGACAUUCGUAAAUCUACAGAUUGUUUGAUCUUAAAACCGUGCAGACACACAGGAGUACAUGAAAGUUGGAGAACUGAAUGCUGUAUAGAAUAGUUGGACUUAAGCUUGAGGAAGUACAGGAGGCUGGAGAAGAAUAAUUUGUACUUUAUACAAAAUAUUAUUAAGGUGAUCAAACCAAGGAGAAUGAGACGGACUGGCCGUGUCAGAAAUACGAUGGAACAGAAAUGCGUAGUUAGUUAGUUAUUUAGAGAGGGU